UUCCUAUUAGGCUGCGCUUUUUCAUUUGGAUCUUGCCAUAGGGUUGCCGUGGCUUGCCCUGAUAGGGCUUGCAGCAAAAACAAAACUCGCUCGUGUGCAGGACGGAAUUUAACCAUCCUUUGCUCCACUUCCGCUCGGUUCGCUCUUUGUUGCUUUUUGAAUUCGUUUUCUCCAAUGUCGGGGCUGUCGAGCUAUCUAUAUUCGACGCUGUCCAUCGUCAGCAACAUUAGCGGCAUUGGCGGCAGCGGAAUUCCCGACUUUCACUUUACCAUAGGCGAGGCUAUCGAGGAGUAUGCGGGAAAGUCAAUUUGGGAGCUGCAUCGAGCAGUCAGUACCAAUGACAAGUCAGAGGCAGCAGUGUUUGUAUUCGACAAGAACCGGGGAUCAAGCUACACAGCUGUGGCCCAGAACACACUGAAGCGGAUGCGCACGAUCCGGCACCCGGGCGUCCUGCGCUACCUUGAGGGCACAGAGACAGCCGACGCAAUCUACAUUGCCACCGAGGCGGUCACGCCCCUGGUCAUGCACCUUGAGGGCGAUUAUUCAUCGGAGCUGAAGCGCUGGGGCCUGUACAAAAUAUCUGACACCCUGCGGUUCAUCAACGAGGACUGCAAGAUGAUCCACGCCAACCUGUCGUCCAGCUCAGUGUUUGUGACGCGUGCGGGGGAGUGGAAGCUGGGCGGAUUCGAAAUCAUGGAUACGCAGGCCGGGAGUGAGCAGAUUUUCCGGCAUUACACCAGCGUGCUGCCUGGGUAUGCGGCACGCAUGGCACCCGAGUUUGAGAGCCAGGCAUGGGACAAGGCGACAGGUAGCAAGCCUGGCGUAGUCGACGGCUGGUAUCUGGCGUGCUUGAUCCAGCAAGCAUAUAACGCCAGGGGAAAGAUUCCGCAGCCGUUGUGGCAACUGUGCCAAAAGCUGCUGACGCCCAACCUGCGCCUGCGUCUGUCGCCAGCCAAAUUCCUGCAGAUGGCGUCGCGGCCGGGCGGUUUCCUUGACUCGCCCUUCAUCACCACCAGCCUGUUCCUAGAGAACAUCGCUGUCAAGGAUGACGAUGAGAAGGCAGAGUUCUUUGCUGGCCUUGAUUCAGUCAUUGAGGGAUUCCCGCAGGAUUUCAGCAAGUACAAGAUCUUGCCUGAGCUGCUAAAGAUCAUGGAGUUUGGCGGCGGCGACGCCAAAGUGCUGAGCGGCAUCAUUCGCAUCGGCCAGGAGAUGGACGAGGAAGAGUACAACCAGCUGAUCUCGCCCGCCAUCGUGCAGCUGUUUUCGUCGAAUGACCGGCGGCUGCGCUUCAGCCUGCUCGAGUAUAUGGGCAGCUUCAUCCAAGCAAUUCCGUCGUCAGUGGUGUCCAAGAAAGUGCUGCCAAAUUUCCUCAGCGGAUUCUCUGAUGCCGCACCGGCGAUCCGCGAAGCCACACUGUCGCAAAAGUCCUUGAACUCCGAUCUCCUGAAGCAGCUGGUACGGAUGAUUGCCGAUCCUGAACCCGGUAUCCGUACCAACACGCUGGGCGUUUUGGAUCUGGACGGUGAGGGUGUCAACGACAACUCGUACAAGUACGUGAUCUGUCCUGCCGUCAUGCAGGCAUUCCGCGACCAGUUCCCGCCUGUGCGCUCGGCUGCCCUAGCUGUGGCCAGCGCGUGUGCGGCCAAAUGGGAUGCUCUGGAGAUUGCGCGCCGCGUGAUCCCAUCCAUCUCUCCCCUGCUUGUCGACGGUGAACGACCGGUGCGCACGGCAGCGCUGAAGACUGUCCAGGCCAUGGUUGCUAGGGUCGAGCAGCACGCGAAGGACAUGCCAGAUACGCUGGCCAAGAAACCCCCAGCACCUACUGUUCCGGCAGCAGCAAACUCUGCGCCCACAACGCCGCCACCGGUGCGCCCUACCUCAACUGCAUCGCCAGUGGCCAAGACUAGUCCCGCCAGCAGCGUAUCGAUGCCGCCAUCGUUUGCGAGCAGUCCGGAAAAGAGCGGAUGGAACGAUGACGACGAUGACCUGCUGGAAAGCGACGAUGAUAACGACGAAUGAUGGCGAUGAUGGCGGAUGGGGCAACUGGUGAAGCGCCGGCUUGUUGAAGGCAUUGAUACUGCGUUUUGAAUAUAUUUAUGUAUGCGC